CGAUUGCAAUCGCCCGUAUAAUGAACAAUUGCACGCGAAAAAUUCGCCACAAAGACGGGUAAUGACAGACUCCGCCCUUGGCGCCCAAAUGUGAAGCAGGCCAGAGAUAGCAGUCAUGAUUUUCUCCGGAUGCUGCAAUUUUCCGUCGACAUUAUCAGCUGUGGUGCUCCUAAGUCCACUGUCUUGGCCCUUUGUGCUGUGCGUUUCCUGUCGGCUGGCGACCUGGCUCUACCGAUUGUUCCUGGCAGCUUUCGUGUUUUGGUGCGCAUUCCUAGUGUGCAGCCGAAGCAGCAUCGGCAGCUGUUGGCAGCCGCACCGUAGCGGCUUCCCGCACCUUCUGUCCUACUCUGACCCGGAGCCCCACGAGAGCGAGUCUUUGCCGUCAGACUCCAUACCUCAUGCCAAACGCAAACGUUCCAGGCGAAGGAUUGGCAAGACACGUUCAGCCAAAAGACCCUCUUCCACGCGCUGAACAAUAUUAUUAGUUUCUACUUCAUUUCUUGGUUGUGCUAUGCAUUUAAACUAAAACAUAACAAAAAAGAAAGUUAAAAGGACGGAACUCAAAAAAUGCAAAACGGUUCGCCUGUGCUAACACCCUAUAAAAUUGAAGGAUAACCACUUCGUGUCUUAAGCGUGACUAAUUGAUCCACUAUAGUCAGCUUAAAUCUCAAAAGAAGGCACAGAAUUGCGGUUUUAAACUCGGUGUAAAACAGUUCUGAAAUUGACGACCCCUGAAGCCAACUGAAAACGAUUCGAUAGCAGACGAUGCUCGCUCCGCUAUACGCCUUCGCUUGGCUUGCGACUUGUGCCACUUGGCACUUGGCUUGUGGCACUGACUUGUGUUGGGAGGAAGUUUGCGGGGCGUGGUGGAUGGUGAGGCGAUAUGUGCUCAACUUCAGGGAGUUUAGAAGUUGUAUUGGUUGUAUGCCUUGAGUUAAAUAGGCAUAUUUUGAAAAUUCUUAGGCAUCUGACAAUCGUAAUCUAAACAACCGGCGACAUUUCGUAAAACAAAAGUUGAAAGGCGAGCUGAGCAAGUUUGACAAGCAAGCAUAUCGCCGAGCAGAAAACGAUUCGGACCUUGCAGAGGACGAAUGUGAGCAAACGGAGCAAAGUCAACGACAGAAAAUGUUUUGCCACGUGUUCAACAAAACACGCGUCGGACAGGCGAUGCGUACUUACUCAACUUCAAGCACGGACGCCGCUUUCUCAGAAUCUAACCUCCAAAAGUGCGUCGCCAGGCUGCAAGCGACCAAACUCGGCACCGCCAAACCGCGGAGCGUUGAAGACUCGUCCAGACACCGCCAUUCGUCCGUACUCAUACCACUCUGCACGACUCGGGGCAACAAACCGUCCAUACUUUUUACCCUGAGAUCCACUCGUCUUCCACGCCACAAGGGAUACGUCUGUUUCCCUGGCGGCAUACAACACGCCGAAGAUGCUGACCCCCUGGACACCGCCUUGAGGGAAGCUGAAGAGGAGCUGGGUCUUCAGCGGAGCAAGAUAAAAGUGCUGGGGACUUUCCCGCCUUUUUACAACCCGCUCGACAGAAUGACCAUGACGGUUGUCUUGGGGAUGCUGGGCCAAGGAAGUGACUUAGAUCUGGAGAAGAGUCUGAACGUCAACGACGACGAGGUCCAACUUGCCUUCACGAGGACGUUGGACGAACUCUGUGACCCCGCAAACCUUCGUUUCACGCAGUUUAGAAAGCGUCAUACGGACUAUUCCAUGCCCGUCUUUCUGGUGGGUCAAUUCAAGAUCUGGGGGUUGACGGCGAUGGUGUUAAACGCUUUCUUGAAAGCUUUACUUCCCGACGUUUAUACUCAUCGUGUGAAGUGCGUGUUGUUGGACAAAGAACUUUAUCUGAAGACGAUAGGUAAAAAAGAUAGCAUUUGAAAUUGGGUACUUCGUCUAACCGUCUCGAGCAUAAAGUUGCCUCCACGGGUUCACGGUAUGUCAAAUAAAAGUGCUCUGUUAUUCACGUUGGGCAUUAGGAAAUAUUUGUGUACUUCACCGUUCCUAUUAAAUCGUGCGAUAAAUACUACGUUUUAUAGA